AUGAAAAAGUCCACAUCCACAACUAAAACCAAAACAGCCAAGAAGACCAAAACAAUUGUAGAUAAUCGACGUAAGGGAGGAGGAGGCGGAGGAGCACGUUAUGAGGAGAGAAAACAUAAACAAAUGAAAGCUUUGAAAGAACAACGAAAAUAUCAGAAAUACAAGGAAGGACGGGGAAAGGCAAGCGAAGGGAGCGAAAUGUUAACCAUUACAACGGGACAAAGUCAGGAAAAACUAAAUGACGGCGGCAACGCCUACAUCGAGGGCUAUUACGAGGAAGACGAUGAUGAAGAAGAUGCAGAAGAUAACAACACCAGCCUGGUUCCUGAUGAGGUCAGCAGUGAAAGUGAUUUAAGUGAGUCAGAGCAUUCAUUUUGUCGCCAUUGUCUAAGACCCCAAUCUGAUUUGCAAUUAAGAUAUUUGAGACCCCGGCAGCGGAGUAAGCUGAGAAAUGCCCAGCAGGCCAAGCGGGAGCGUAGCAAAUCACGUGGAGGAAAUGGUGGUGGUGGAGGAGGCAGCGGCGGCGGCGGUGGGGGAAGUAGGGGUAAUGGAGGUGGUGGUGGGGGCCGCAGUGGUGGUGGUGGUGACCAUUCGAGAACCCGCAAAAAACGCUCAAAGAGUCGUGCCAAACGUGCCCGCAACAGCAAGCAUUAUGCCAGUGGUACUGGCAACAACACCGGCUGCAACAACAGAAAAGAGCAACAACGACAACAACAGCAACAACAACAUAAACUGCCAUUAAUACGGGAUCUUAAUGCGGCCAACGAACAGGCCAUACGUUUCCGUUGUCCUCAAGUGGGACCACAAGUGGGACGUGAUCGACAAAUGCCACCAUUGCUGCACUUCCAUCAUCCCCAGCAUGUGCAGCAACAACUAACAGCAUAUCAAGUGCAGUACACACUAACCACCCAGCCGCAUAUGACCGAAGCCAAACUACAACAACAAGCGUAUGCAGCCAACUGCAAACACUACAGUCCCACAUCGCAACAUACCACACUGACCAUGGAAAGUGAACUGAGGCAUCACCAACACCACUACCACCACCAGCAGCAACAGCCAUCACCUCAGUCCCCCCACCAUGUGUCCGAUAAUCAAAAAUCAUCAAAUCAAGUUCCACAACAAACGACAGACUUAACCAAAGAUGUUGUUGUUGUUCUUCCAAGCUCCGAAGGAGCUGUCACCGAGGCGAAUGCUGCCACCGCAUCAGCAAAAAACUGUUGCUCAACUCAGCCAACAAAUCCCAACUGUCAACAGUCAGUGUCAGCCGUAGUUCCUGGUUCAUGUCGAUGUCAUGCGACAACAACAGCAACAACAAUAAUAACAGCGGGUGCAACAAAUCAGCCAACGACCAUUAGACCAACACUACCACAACUGCCAUUAGCCAGCACAGAAACCGUUAUUGCUCCGCAGGGUGCUACUCCUAACAAUAACAAUGUCGGCCACAUGGCCAGUUCCGCCAAUGCAGCAGCCAUCGCCACAGCCACCACCACCACCAUGACCACCAAUAAUAUCAACAAUCCGACUGUGGAUGAAACAACUAUCCACACGGCGACUUUGGAGCCGGGACAUGCAACAGCGGCCACCACCCCGGAAUCGCCGUCAUUGGUCAAAGUGAGCACUUGGUAUACGGUUGCUAAGCAAGGUGUCUCUUGCUAA